GCAAAGCAUAUAAGGGCAUUGCUUGCUAGGAGGCACGGUUCGGUGAAGCCCAAUGGGGCCACUAUCCUGGAAGGGAGUGAGUUUGACAUUGGAUUGGACAAGAGUUUCGGGUUUUCCAAGAAUUUCGCAAGCCACUACGAGCUUGGGGAAGAAGUUGGAAAGGGGCAUUUUGGGUAUACUUGUUCUGCAAGGGGAAAGAGAGGGAGCUUGAAGGGUAUGGAUGUUGCAGUUAAAGUCAUUCCGAAAGCAAAGAUGACUACAGCUAUAGCUAUUGAAGAUGUACGGAGAGAAGUGAGAAUACUACGUGCUUUAACGGGGCAUAGAAACCUAGUACAUUUCUAUGAUGCAUAUGAAGAUGAGGACAACGUUUAUGUUGUAAUGGAAUUAUGUAAAGGGGGAGAGUUACUGGAAAGGAUUCUUUCUAGGGGUGGAAAAUAUACAGAAGAAGAAGCAAAAGCUGUUAUGGUACAGAUUUUACGCAUUGUAUCGUACUGUCAUCUUCAGGGAGUGGUUCACCGUGAUCUAAAGCCUGAGAACUUUCUGUUUACAUCAAACGAUGAGCAUUCUCCUCUGAAGGCCAUUGACUUUGGACUUUCUGAUUAUGUAAAACCAGAUGAGAAGCUAAAUGACAUUGUUGGGAGUGCAUAUUAUGUAGCACCUGAAGUUUUACAUAGAUCAUAUGGAACAGAAGCUGACAUGUGGAGUGUAGGCGUUAUUGCUUAUAUUAUUCUAAGUGGAAGCAGACCGUUCUGGGCACGGACUGAAUCUGGAAUCUUUCGGGCCAUUCUCAAGAUCGAUCCAAGCUUUGAUGAAGCCGCAUGGACGACUUCGUCCUCUGAUUCAAUAGACUUUGUAAAGAGCUUGCUGAACAAGGACUACCGCAAGAGGCUAACUGCAGCUCAGGCUCUAUGUCAUCCAUGGUUGGCUGGUCAUCAUGAUGUGAAGAUACCUCUGGACAUGGCAAUAUACAAGCUUGUAAAAGUCUACAUACAUUCCUCAUCUCUAAGAAAAGCUGCAUUGGGAGCUCUGGUCAAGACAUUGACAAUACCACAACUGGCUUACCUCAAAGAACAAUUUACAUUAUUAGGGCCAGGCAAAAAUGGGUGUAUAUCGCUACAAAACUUCAAAACGGCCUUGGCAGUUUACUCAACCGAUGCAAUGAUGGAUUCUAGGGUCUUCGAAUUCGUUAACACGGUAAGUUGUCUCCAAUACAGGAAGAUGGAUUUUGAAGAGUUCUGUGCAGCAGCAAUAAGCGUCCACCAGCUAGAAGGAAUUCAAAGUUGGGAACAACAUGCUCGACAUGGCUAUGAGUUUUUUGAAAAAGAUGGAAACAGGCCUAUUGUUAUCAAUGAACUUGCCUCGGUAAUCUCUUGGAAACUCUUCUUAGAGCUGAGUUAGGCGCAAUAAGCGUUUUUAACAACA